AUGACGGCGCGGGCGGAAGUGCGCGGCGCGGCCAUGGCGGGAGGGAUGAAACCAGCCCCGGGGCGGCGGCGGCUCCUGGGGACCCUGGUGCUGCUGCUGCUGGUGGGGGGCGCAGGCGCAGAAGGUGCCAAGCAGCCGGUGAUCCGACUUGAAGAAGGGCGGGUGCGCAAUGGGACGGCCCCGCAGCAGUUCUGCUACACCAACGCGGAGACCCCGAAAUGGCACGACAUCUGGACCCGGAUGCAGAUCCGAGUCGUCAGCAACAAGAUGAUCCGUGUCACCCAGGUGGAAAACGAGGAGAAGCUGAGAGAGCUGGAGGAAUUCAACAUGUGGAACUUCGUCUUCUCCUUCUUCAAAGAGAAGCUGAACGACACCUACAUCCCCGUGGAUCUCUACAGCGAGAAAACCUGCCUGAAAAUAGAGUUGCCGGAGUCAAACACCAACUACAGCGUCGUCCUCCUCCGGUGGUUUGACCCCAAGCUCUGCCUGGUUUCCUUCCUGGGCCUUCUUCUGUUUUUCUCCGGGGAUUUACUGAGCAGGAGUCAGCUCUUCCACUACUCAGCUGGGAUAAGCAUCGGGAUGCUGGCCUCGCUGCUGAUCCUCAUCUACGUGAUGGCCAAGGUGAUGCCCAAGAAAAGUCCCAUCUACUUCAUCCUAGUGGGAGGCUGGUCCUUCUCCCUCUACCUCAUCCAGCUGGUCUUCAGAAACUUACAAGAGAUCUGCAAGUCCUACUGGCAAUAUCUCCUGGGCUACAUGCUGCUGGUGGGCUUCGCCAGCUUCGCCGUGUGCUACCGCUACGGCCCGCUGGAGAACGAACGUAACAUCAACCUGCUGACGUGGAGCCUGCAGCUUCUGGGCCUGCUGCUCAUGUACCUGGGCAUCCAAAUCCGGCCCAUCGCCCUGGCGCUGAUCGCCAUUGCCGUCUGCACCAAGAACCUGGAGUACCCCGUCCAGUGGCUCUAUGCCACUUACAGGAAGGUGCAGAAAGCCACAGCGAAGCCGAGCCCCCCUCGCCUGCUGACCGAGGAGGAGUACCGGCUCCAGGGGGAGGUGGAGACGCGCAGGGCCCUGGAAGAGCUGCGCGGAUACUGUAGCAGCCCAGAGUUCUCCGCCUGGACUGUGGUUUCCCGCAUCCAGUCUCCGAAGAGGUUUGCCGACUUUGUGGGCGGCGCCUCCCACCUCACCCCGAACGAGGUCUCCGUCCACGAGCAGGAGUACAGCCUGGGGGGGUCGUUUGUGGAGGACCAGCUCUUUGAGGAAGACGAAGACGACUCCUUUGAAGGGGAGGGUCGCGCAGACUUCUCCGUGUCCCGGAACCACCUGGGCUUCGAGUGAGGGA